CUCUCUUAAUCUGCUUUGCUUCUACAUAUAUCAAAAUGGCUUGCAGUGCAGUGAGGUCUAGUGGUGGGGUACAGGUUAAGAUUAAGUCUAACCCAGAUGAAUUCUGGGAUGCCAUUUUCAACUCCACCAAGCUCUUCCCAACUGCCAUUCCUAGCCUUUACACCACCAUCUCUACCAGUAACGCAGAUGGCACUGUUCGCUACAUUAAAUAUGGCCAAGAUUCUCCUCGAAUUAAACAGUCGGAAGAGCAGAUCAAUGAAAGUCAGAAGCCCAAAUUUUCAUAUACUGUGCUGAGUGGGGAUAUUCUCAAGUACUACACAAGUUUCAGAGCAGAAAUAUCUAUCGUUUUAAACGAAGAUGGGGCAUGGGCGAAAUGGACAUGGGAGACUGACUUUCCAAAGGCAAAUAAUCCUCUGGACAUUGGAGUGGACUUGGAAGAACUUGCAGUGAAGACCUUGGGAAAACUUGAUGAUUAUGUUGUCAGGGCAUAAUUCAUGGGAGGAUGAUGUUGAUUAUUGACCACCUUAAUCGCCAAUUAAUAAGUUAAAUAAUAUAAAUAAAACGCGUGGUCAAAAUAAUCUACGUAUCUCCCAUUUUAUUUAAUAAAUAAAAUAAAAAUGGUUUUAUCUUUGUAAGAUCAUAUUUGUCAAUUGAUGU